AUGGCGCUAUACUAUCAGCUAGUAUUUGUGAUAUUGACGGUGGAGACAGUGGUGUUUACACUUUUGGCGCUUCCAUUGCCGACGACGGUGCGCCGUGGCCUGACAAGGAUGCUUUCCAGGCCGUUUAUGUCUCCGACGCUACAGACCGCUAUCAAGGUAGUACUUGGGUUUAUUAUGCUACUGUUCUUGGACACUUUGAACCGAAUGUACAUCAUCAAUAAGGAGUAUGAACAAGCCAAAGGUAUGAUGGGUUAUGCCCACGAUCGGAUUGAAAUCUUAUCUCGGAAGUUUCUUGCACAGCGUAACAUGUAUCUAACGGGUAUCACGCUCUUUCUGACAUUUGUGAUUGUGCGUACCUUUAACAUCGCCUUGGAGUUAUUUGCGAUGAAGGAUCGCAGCGCUGCAGUGAAAUCCACUCGCGAUGAAAGUGAGCGCGAAUUACGUGAACUAAUCAAAAAGAAGGAUGAAGAGAUUAGCCUAUUGAAAGAACAAGCUGCAGCUUUGGCAAAGGAUAUGUAA